AGCGGGCGGGCGCAGGCGAUUGCGAGACGGACGGUGACCGGCCGGUGGACUGCUCUGGAUAAUCGCGCUUCCCAUCUAAGAAGCUGAAUCUUAGCAUUUAACACAUACUUCCAACAAUAUGUUUAUUGGUAUAACAUCUAGUGGAGACAACGUAAAUUCACACUACGAUUAUUUGAUUUGAACAACAAAUACAAGAUUUCAUUCAUUUAGGAUAAUUACUUUUUACCUUUGAUAACUUGAAAUGGCUCUGGACUUCAUAGCUGGAUGCAUUGGAGGUUGUGCUGGCAUAAUAGCUGGUCAUCCAUUAGACACAUUAAAGAUCCACGUUCAAUCAGGUAGAGGUAGCCCACUAGAGUGUGCUAAAGUUCUAUUUAAAGGAGGAACACUAUCAAAUGCUUACCGUGGAGUGGGUGCACCUUUAGGAGGUAUAGCAGGAAUAAAUGCUAUAGUUUUCGGAGCAUAUGGCAAUACGAAACGAAUGUUGCCAAAUCCAGACUCUCUCCUGUCACACGCAAUAGCUGGUGGAGCAGCAGGAACGUUACAAAGUUUCGCAUGCGCGCCAGUUGAACUUGUCAAAACACGACAACAGCUAGUUACACCUGGACAAGGAAUGCCAGCAGGAGCAUGGGCUGGCGCGCGCCAUAUUUUGCGAACUGGAGGAUAUAGAGCACUUUUUCGAGGCUUAUCAAUAACGAUAGUUCGUGAUAGCCUAUCAUUUGCAAUUUACUUCACAUCGUACGAAGCCAUGACUCGUGGACACCAAUCAGCAAUGAAAGUUUUUACAGCCGGAGGAAUCGCAGGAGUAUUAUCGUGGGUAAUUUUAUACCCUGUAGACGUUGUCAAAUCCAGAAUUCAAGGUGACACAGUAGGAAGAUAUACAGGAGCAUGGGAUUGUUUUGUAAAAUCGGUGCGAGCAGAUGGUUGGCGUUGCAUGGGGCGUGGGCUCGGCACUGUUACAAUACGUGCCUUUAUAAGCAAUGGAGCUUGCUUUACAGCCGUAGCGUGGACGGAACGCGCAUGGCAAAGAAUUUUGUCUGGUGACUCUUCGGCAAAAUCUCUAGUUCAAGCGGCUACGCGAAGCGAAGCUGUAAGGUGCGACAGCACAGAGUAUCAAUAUGAUAUUUAAAACAUGCAUUUUUUUACAGUCUUGGAAAAUGUGAUUUAAAAAAAACCAGAAAGUAUAUGGUAACGCUUCUGAUUCCAUUGCUAAAAGUCAGUGUAUAUAUUGUAGUGAGUGUACCUUAGUGUAAUAGUAAGUCAAUUAGUUGCGUAAUUUUUAAAUGGCACAGACAUAAUUUACCAGUGAUUGUAGAAUAAUAUAUUUAAUAAUUAAUGUUGAAAAAAACUAUUAAUCUCUAAAUUAAAUAAAUGUUAUAACACUGUGUGUGGUAAUUGUU